AUUAUUGUUGUAUAACACCCCCCACAUUUGCAAUAAAACUUUAAAAUGUAAUGAUAACAACCUCAAAUCCAAGUGGACUCGAAAGGAAAGCAUCCACUACUUUAAACUAAUCAAUUCAGCAUCCCUGAUUCCCUGUUUUUCAUUUGUUGCUUGCACCUUUUUCUUCUUUCUUAAGGGACUCUCUCUCUCUAGACCAGACCUAGCAUCAUCUGAGAAGAUCCCUACUGGCCAAAUAAAUUUACAAAGACAUAUUCUUUAUUUUCUUUUAUGGUUUUUUUUUUUUUUUUUUUUUUAGGUUUGCUUGAAAUUUACAAAGAGAAAGAUCUUAUUAACUGGUUUUGUUUUACCUUUCUUCUUUUGAAGUCAGACUUCUUGGGGACCAAAAGUAAAUACAUGGGAAACCAUCAACUUGGAGAUCUACAAAAGGCAGGUCUGUCUUAUUCAUGUCAUUUUUCACUGCCCUUUUGUACUUGUGGCAGCUUGGGUUCUCCAUAAAAUCUACCCCUAGUCGAAUUCUUUCGAUCAUCCUCAGGUAAGACCUUGUAUAGAAGAAAUAAGAUUCUUGUCAGAACCAUUGUCUUCCCUCUGCUUUUAAGUUCUGGGAAAAAGAAAAGAAAACCAUCUACUCAAAACUUUCUCUUUAACAUAAUCUUGCUUUCCCAUGUUACAGAUACCCCUUUGGAAUCUUGGGAAAGUUGUGGUGCCUGGCAGUUCUCAAUCAGAGAAAGGUAGGCAAUCACCAAUGGAGAAUAGGUAUGGUCUAACAACGCAGGGCAGUGGAGUUUGGAGGGCCUUGAGAGAUGGAGACUUUGAGGAAGAGGAUGUUUGGGAGGUUCUAAAAGAUAGGAACAGUUCUAGUAACAAAAUGGUUGGUAGAUCCAAGGAAUCCUCUGUUUCUGUUCCAAGACACCUCCCAACUGCUUCAAGAAUGAUCCCAAAAGCUAGCAGUCACAAUUAUGGAAGUGGCAGUAGCUGUAGCAGCAGCAACACCAUCACUCAUGAAGCCAAAAUUGUGCAACAAUCAGCACCUGUCAACAUUCCUGAUUGGUCAGAAGUAUAUGGUCAGAAAUCAAAGAAGGCCCCCAAGAAUGUUUCAUGGCAGAAUGAUGAUGCUGAUGAUGAAGAAGAAGUUGGGGAUGAUGAUGGGGACAGUGAUGAUGAUGAUGAGGAGGAGGAAGACUAUGACUCAAAGGUACCCCCUCAUGAAUUUAUUGCUAGGAGGCUUGCAAGGAGCCAGAUUUCUUCUUUUUCUGUUGUUGAAGGUGCUGGAAGGACCCUCAAAGGGAGGGACCUCAGCAAAGUGAGAAAUGCUGUUUUAACAAAAACUGGUUUCCUUGAAUCAUUGUGAUCAGGUCUCAUCCAAUGCAAUCAAUCAUGAAGGUCUUGCUAUAA